AUGCGGACCCGAAUACCUCUGCCACAUCCCGUGCAGCCGCUGCAUGUCUACCGCCACCUGCUGCGCUCUGCCUCCUACUUCCCUCCAUCCAUGCGACCCUUUCUCGACCAUCGCAUACAAACCUCCUUCCGAGACGAGCGAGAACGAAUGGCAGAACGCGAGCCGGCCAUCCUCACAUCCCUCAAUCCAGCAGAAGCGAGAGAGAAGGAAGAGGAUCGUCGCUACAAGGUCCUUGCCGAUGCAAAACAAAAGAUACCCGUGCUUCAGGCUGCCGUCGAAGGCGAUCAAGCCCGUCUACGUCGUGUCAUGUGGCAUGUCUUUGGGCGACUCGGCAAACAGCGCCGCGAGCUCAUGGCCUCGUUUGUCGUAAAGGCGCCAGACCCCAAUGCCGACCCUGCGGAGCUAGAAGAGCGCGCAAAGAAAAAGGCCAUAUGGAGAGAGAUCAUGAAAGAGCGCGCCAAAGUUCAUCCUUGGGACCGCGAGUACACAAGGGACGAGCCUGCGCCCUGGCUUCGCCAACAUCUCAGUCCCAUGGAAGAGAAUUGGGACCUUCCCAAGCUGGAUCGAUAUCUCAAGGCGCAAAAGACUCAGCAGCGCAUGGUCACCGGCGCCGCGUUUCCCAGAGGAACCAUCGGCGAUCUCGACCCCCAAAAAAAGGUACCCGAGCAGGACAUCUGGGGCCGGCCAGUAGCAUUGCGGAGAGUGACGAAAAUCGUCAGAAGGUUCUGGAAGGCUCAGGCCGACAAAAUCAUGCCCCCAGUAUCGCAGGCAGAUUGGGAGUCUCUAGAGCAACUCGCCUGCGGUGAGGCGCCUCCCGAGAUGUACAGGAUGUUGAAACGAAGGAGCAUCGCUGUCCCCAUUGGAGCGCCCCCGUUGUCCAACGAGUUCCUCAUAAGAAGGAAGCAAAUUGCGUCACUCCUGGACAACGGAGGAAACGAAUUGGAUCAAUGGCAGUGGCAGGCCUCUGCCCAACUCCCUGUCCGCAACGCCGAACGAGCAGGUGCCCGAAAACUAACACUCCUCACCGGCAAGAGAGAUUUCGGACCAUAUUCGCAGGCAAGUCGCCUCACUCUUGAAUAUGACGUUGGGACCAGGGGCAUAAUAGAGCAGCCGAGUUCAACCAGCGUCUAUUCCAAGCGGAAUCUACGGCGCGAAUAUCAGAAGAUGUGGCAGGCAACCUCAUACAUGAAAGGGGCCGAAAGCAAAGCGGCAAGACCUGUGUGGGGUCGCAUUGAGCCAAAGCUACCUAUGGCUACUGCUGCACAUCGUCAUCUCUUUGAGGGCGUCGACGCCAAGGGUCGCAUGCCGAAACCAGAGCUACCCAAGAUCGAAAUGACCAGCAACGCUAUACCCAAUGGUGAGGAAGCCAAGUCUAGUGGCUCUAAGCAAAUCGGGUCGGGUAGUCAACUCGGUACGACUAGGGAGCCUCGGUCAAAGUCUCCUGGUUCUAGGAAGUCUGAAUCUCCUCGCGACUUGGAGACGACGCCCGGCAGCUUCGCAAACUUCAAAUUCUCCAAUCCCAGGGAUUCCAAGCCGCACUACUCAAGGAUUACCAAGUCGAGUGAUUCGAGGCGCGCCAAGCCUGAUAUCUUUGACGUCAAGAUGGGCGGCCAACAAGGUCGUCGGUCCUGA